GAGCCCCUUCGUCCUUCUUCCUUCCUACGCUUCUCUACGGCCAACUCGCUUGGAUCUCGAGAUCUCCCGUCGCUUCUCUUUAAACAAAUGGCUGUCACCAAGAAGGAUAACAAGGCCAAGAAGGCCCCAGUCAAGUACACCAUUGACUGUUCCAGCCCGGCCAAUGACGGUAUCUUCGACACUGCUUCCUUCGAGAAAUUCCUUCACGACCGUGUGAAGGUCAACGGCCGCACUGGCAACCUUGGUGACUCCAUCACCAUUACCCGUGGCGGCUCAGGCACUAUCACCGUCACUGCCUCCCCCAGCAUCCAGUUCUCCAAGCGCUACAUCAAGUACCUUACCAAGAAGUUCUUGAAGAAGCACCAACUCAGGGACUGGGUGCGUGUCAUCAGUGUUGCGCGCACUGCGUACGAACUCCGCUACUUCAACAUUGCGGAGGCGGAUAACAACGAGGACGCAGACGAAGAAUAAGCUAGAUAUAGCUUCCUUAAUCAAUGUGCACUUUCUGACUCAAUAUAAAUAUUGAACAGUCUGCCAUAUUUGUACUCCUUAACUAGCGUGGAAUCACCGCAAUCAGGUCCCAGCAUUCAUUGGAAUUGGUUGUAUAGUUAUCCAAUCACAGGUCCUUCUGGAAAUGGACA